AGGAGGAAGAAGCUACUGGAUUUUUAUGGUGCCCUGUCUCCAUGCAUGCUUGGUUGGACCCAGUACCUAACGAAAGCUUUUGCUUUCCUGCCACCAAAAAAACAAACCGCAAAGCUUCUCUCGGUUCCUCGCCGAGAUCUAUCCCCCGGCGCCCCCAAUCUCCCUUCUCCAGGCGCCGGGCGCCGGAGCUCGCCGACGGGGGCAGUGCAUUGCCUCCGGCUGAUCGACCGAUCUGCCCCCGCGCGGCGGCUCCCCGCAUUCCCGCGCUCCCGGGAAUGGGGUCUUUCAGCGGCCACGUGCUGCCGGGGACGCUGUUCCUGGCGGUGGGCCUGUGGCGGGUCUGGUCCGCCGCGUCGCGCUUCGCCGCCGACCCGCCGGCGUUCCGCGUCCGCGCGUGGAGCCCCCUCCCCAGGGGGCCCCGGCUCCUGGAGCUCUACGUGGUGGCCGGCGGCGCGCUCCUCGACAUGUGCCUCGAGCUCGGCGGCGGCGUCCUCGCCGGCCGCGGCGGGGCCGAGUCCGCCAGCCUCAUCUACCUCGAGCACGGCGGCAUGCUCCUCAUGUUCUUCCUCUUCGGCGCGCUCGCCCUCCUCUCCCAGAAAACCAGGUACCUGCCGCUGACGGACGGCGAGCUGUGCCUGGUGGCGGCGGCGGCGUUCACAUCGGAGCUCGUGCUCUUCUCCUACCACUCGGGCACCCACAUGGGGCUGGAGGGCUACUACCACCACCUCCUCGUCGUCCUCGUCGGCCUCUGCAUCCUCGCCACCGUCCUCGGCGCGCUCCUGCCGGCGAGCUUCCCCGCCGACCUCGCCUCCGGCGUGCUCAUCGCGCUGCAGGGGCUGUGGUUCUACCAGACGGCGCUCUCGCUGUACGGGCCCAUGCUCCCGGCCGGGUGCGCCCGGGACGCCGCCGCCGAGGGCGGCCGCGUGGACUGCCGCAGCCGCGCCGCCGAGGAGCGCGCCGAGCAGCUGGCCAACCUGCAGCUGUUCGGGGCCGUGUUCCUCGCCUUCGUGUACGCGCUCGGGUGCUACGCCGUCGCCGCGGCGAGGCACGGGCACCCGGACAUGGCGGCGAUGCACGACCAGCACGUAGCCGCCCUCGAGUGCCGCGGCGGCGCCGGUGGCGCCCGUGCCGAGGAGGAGUGCAUGAUCUAGCGGCAGCCGAUGCCAUUGUUUCUGCCUCCAGAACUUUUGGUGCCGGUGAGGGUCAGGUAUCGGCAGGGAGGAUGCUGCGGCUUGCCGUCGGCGGUUCGGGGCCGCGCGGCUCUGUUGGUUCGGUUUUCAAGACUGUUGUCCCUGUUGUGUCGGUUGCGACGAAUGGUGUCCGCGUUUCUAGGCCGUGCAGCUAUGUUCUUAG